UCACCCAUCUGACGGUGCAGAUUCCCUCACGGUCCCGAUAUAAACACCACCCAACCCUAACUUCGUCCAGUUUCUGUGCCCCCCUAGACGCCGCCUCUUCGGAUAGUGCCUUCCGGAGAUCAGAGAGCGCGGUGCCCGAACAAACCCUAGCCUCCCACCAUGGUUCUCCAGAACGACAUCGACCUGCUGAACCCGCCGGCGGAGCUCGAGAAGCUCAAGCACAAGAAGAAGCGUCUCGUCCAGUCCCCCAACUCCUUCUUCAUGGACGUCAAGUGCCAGGGCUGCUUCAACAUCACUACCGUGUUCAGUCACUCUCAGACUGUUGUGGUCUGCCCAGGUUGUCAAACCGUGCUCUGCCAGCCAACGGGUGGAAAGGCCAGGCUAACUGAGGGAUGCUCCUUCCGUCGCAAGGGCGACUAAGUGUAUCAAAACCAAGGCACCAUUAAGUUUUUGUUUUUCCAGGAUGUAGUCUGAAAAUUUUGCAAUGUCGGCAAAGUCAACCCAUCUUUGGUAAUUUAUUAUUGCGCUGUAGUAAUGCUAUGAAACUGGUACUUUGAUCCGUUUGAAUUUUGUGAGAUCAGACUAGCUGUACUGAACCAUAUGGUUUGAUGAAUCUUUCGUUAUGAUGUUGCUUGCCCUU